GCAGCUAGGGAGCCAGUGAGCAGAUAAGCCUGGGCCUAGAAUAAGUUUAUUAGGCACAGAGAAAGGGGACAGCAGAGGAGGUAGGAAGUGGAGGUCUUUCAAAAUCUCACAGACAAUGAAGAGCCAUGAGGUUUUUUGAGAGAGGAAUGACUCUUCAAAGCCAGCAUUUUAUCAGGUGGCUGAAGGAGGAUUCUGUGAGUUUGAGACUGUUCUGAACUACAGAGUUGAGAAUUUUGUCUACAAACAAGCAAACAGCCUCAGCACUUUGGUGACCCGAGCUUACCCGAGAACUGGUGAUGUGUGUCCUGCUCUCGCUGCUCCUGCUGACCUCUGUCUUCUCACUAGGCCAGGCCACAUGGGGCGUCUCCAGUCCCAAGGAUGUGCAGGGCCUGAAGGGCUCCUGCCUGCUCAUCCCCUGCAUCUUCAGCUUCCCCGCCAAUGUACCAGUGCCUCACGGCAUCACUGCCAUCUGGUACUAUGACUACUCGGGCAAGCGGGAGGUGGUGAGCCACUCAAGUGACCCCACGCUGGUGGUGGAGCGCUUCAGGGGCCGAGCUGAGCUUCUGGGGAACGUGGAUCACAAGGAGUGCAACCUGUUUCUCAAAGACCUACAGCUGGAGGACUCUGGCUCCUACAACUUCCGCUUUGAGAUCAGUGAAGGCAACCGCUGGUCAGACAUCACAGGCACCUCGGUCACUGUGACAAAGGAACCCAGCGCCCCCACUAUUACCAGAGCAGGAGAGCUGCGCGAGGGUGUGGAGGUGAACUUCAACUGCUCCACGCCCUACGUGUGCCUGCAGGAGCAGAGCAGCCUGCAGUGGCGAGGCCAGGACCCCACGAGUUCUGUCACCUCCAGCACCCAGCGCCUCGAGCCCACUGGCGUCCGUCGCCAGGAGACCCUCCACACAGCCCUCUCCUGGCAGGACCACGGCCGGACCCUGACCUGCCAGCUCUCAGUGGCCACGCACAGUAGUCAGAAGGAGCUUUACCUGCAAGUGCUCCACGCCCCCAAAGGCGUGGAGAUCUUCCUCAGCUCCUCAGGAAGGAACAUCCUCCCAGGGGAUCUAGUCACACUCACCUGCCGGGUGAACAGCAGCUACCCCGACGUCAGUUCUGUGCAGUGGGCCAAGGAUGGAGUGAGCCUCCCGGCUGACGGGCGUGUGCUGCAGCUCUCCUCAGCAACCUGGAAUGAUUCUGGGGUCUACACCUGUCAAGCGACGAAUAACGUGGGCUCUCUGUUGUCGCCCCCGCUCAGCCUCCAUGUCUUCAUGGCCGAGGUCAAGAUGAGCCCAGCGGGGCCCAUAUUGGAAAACGAGACCGUGACGCUGCUCUGCCACACCCCCAAGGAGGCACCCCAGGAGCUCCGCUACAGCUGGUACAAGAACAAUGUUCUCCUGGAGGACGCCCACGCCCCCACUUUGCACCUGCGCGCGGUCACCAGGGCCGACACCGGCUUCUACGUCUGUGAGGUGCGGAACACCCAGGGCAGCGAGCGCUCCGGCCCAGUGAGCGUGGUGGUCAGACAUCCACCCCUCACUCCAGACCUCACUUCCUUCUUGGAGACGCAGGCUGGAUUCGUGGGUAUCUUCCAUUGCUCUGUGGCCAGUGAGCCCCUGGCUACGCUGGUGCUGUCACACGGAGGCCUCACCUUGGCCUCCAGCUCUGGAGAAAACGACUUCAACCCUCGAUUCAGCAUGUCCUCUGCCCCCAACUCCCUGCGCCUAGAGAUCCGGGACUUGCAGCCAGCGGACAGCGGGGAAUACACGUGUUCAGCCACCAACUCCCUUGGAAGCGCAACUUCCAGCCUGGACUUCCAUGCUAACGUGGCCCGACUCCUCGUCAGCCCUUCAGCAGAGGUUGUGGAAGGGCAGGCCGUGACUCUGAGCUGCAAGAGUGGCCUGAGCCCAGCACCUGACACUCGCUUCUCCUGGUACCUGAACGGAGCUCUGAUUCUCGAGGGAUCCAGCAGCAGCCUCCUGCUUCCCGAGGCUUCCAGCACUGAUGCUGGCUCAUACUACUGUAGAGCGCAGGCUGGCCCCAACGCCAGUGCCCCCUCCCGGCCUACUGUCCUCACUGUGUUCUACCCCCCAAGAAAGCCCACAUUCACUGCCAGACUGGAUUUGGAUGCCUCUGGAGCGGGGGCUGGACAUCGUGGCCUCCUCUUGUGCCAGGUAGACAGCGAUCCCCCAGCCCAGCUACGGCUUCUCCACAAAGGCCGUGUUGUGGCCACUUCUCUGCCGUCAAGUUGUGGGAGCUGCUCCCAGCACACAAAAGUCAGCAGAGCCUCCAACUCACUGCGUGUGGAGAUCCAGGACCCAGUGUUAGAGGAUGAGGGCGUGUACCUGUGUGAGGCUAGCAACACACUGGGCAACUCCUCUGCCUCAGCCAUCUUCAAUGCUAAGGCCACUGUCCUGGUUGUCUCACCAUCGGACACACUGCGAGAGGGCGCAGAGGCCAACCUAACUUGCAACGUGAGCCAGGAAGUUGCCAUCAGCCCUGCCAACUUCUCCUGGUUCCGGAAUGGAGCGCCAUGGACCCAGGGACCACUGGAGACUGUGAGGCUGCAGCCCGUGGCCAGGACUGAUGCUGCCGUCUAUGCCUGCCAACUCCUCACAGAGGAUGGGGCUCAGCUCUCGGCUCCUGUGGUCCUAAGCGUGCUGUAUGCCCCAGAUCCUCCAAAGCUGUCAGCCCUCCUGGAUGUGGCUCAGGGCCACAUGGUUGUGUUCAUCUGCACCGUGGACAGCUACCCCAAGGCUCAACUGUCUCUAUUCCGUGGGGAGCACCUCCUGGCCACCAGCUUGAAACCCCAGCGUCCAUCCCAUGGCAGAGUCCAGGCCAAGGCCACAGCCAACUCCCUGCAGCUAGAGGUCCGAGAACUAGGCCUUGAGGACUCUGGAAACUACCGCUGCGAAGCUACAAAUGCUCUCGGAUCAGCCAACAGUUCGCUCUUCUUCCAGGUCAGAGGAGCCUGGGUCCAGGUUUCACCAUCACCUGAGCUCCAGGAGGGCCAGGCUGUGGUCCUGAGCUGCCACGUGCCCGCAGGGGUCCCGGAGGGGACCUCAUACCGCUGGUAUCAGGAUGGCCGCCCCCUCCAGGAAGCAACCUCAUCCACACUCCACAUUGCAGCCAUAAGUCUGAGGCAAGCUGGUGCCUACCAUUGCCAAGCUCAGGCUCCAGACACAGCUACUGCCAGCCUGGCUGCCCCCAUCAGCCUCCAUGUAUUCUACACCCCACGCCACGCCACACUGAGCGCCCUGCUGAGCACAGACCCUGAGCGAGUCGGCCUCCUGGUGUGCAAGGUACGCAGUGACCCGCCAGCUCAGCUGCGGCUCUUUCACCGGGAUCACCUUGUGGCCUCUACCCUCCAAAGCCCGGAGGAACUGGCAAGCAGCGAUCCCCGGCUGCGGGUGACCGUGAGCGCCAAUGAGUUACGCCUGGAGAUCCGCUCCACAGGGCUGGAGGAUGGCGGCACCUAUACCUGUGAGGCCACCAACACACUGGGCCAGACCUCUGCUACCGCUGACUUCGAUGCCCAGGCUGUGCGUGUGACAGCGUGGCCCAAUGCCACGGUGCAGGAGGGGCAGCAGGUGAACCUGACCUGUGUGGUAUGGAGCACCCACCAGGCCUCGCUCCGCUACACAUGGUACAAGGGCGGGCAACAGCUCCUCGGUGCCAGUUCCAUCUUCCUGCCCAAUGUUACCGUUAUGGACGCCACCUCCUACCGAUGUGGUGUGGGGCUCCCUGGCCAAGCACCCCACCUCUCCAGACCUGUCACCCUGGAUGUCCUCUAUGCUCCCCGAAGCCUGCGGCUGACCUACCUCCUGGAGACCCAGGGCAGGCAGCUGGCCCUAGUACUGUGUUCUGUGGAUAGUCGGCCACCAGCCCAGCUAACUCUCAGCCACGGUGGCCGCCUCCUAGCCUCCUCGACUGAAACUUCUGUCCCCAACACCCUGCACCUAGAGCUUCGGGACCCAAGGCCUAGAGAUGAGGGACUCUAUAGCUGCUCCGCCCACAGCCCACUGGGCAAGGCCGACACAUCCCUGGAGCUUCGGCUGGAAGGUGUACGGGUGAGGAUGAAUCCGUCUGCUUCUGUGCCUGAGGGGAAGCCUGUCACGGUGACCUGUGAGGACACUGCUGCCCUCUCGCCCGCCCUCUAUGCCUGGUUUCACAACGGCCACUGGCUUCAGGAGGGGCCGGCUUCCUCCCUCCAGUUCCUGGCGACCACACGGGCUCACGCUGGCGCGUACUUUUGCCAGGUGCAUGACAGUCAGGGCACACGCAGCUCCAGACCGGCCACCCUGCAAAUCCUCUAUGCCCCUCGGGAUGCCGUCCUGUCUUCCUUUCGAGACUCGAGGACCAGGCUCUUGGGCGUGAUACAGUGCACGGUGGACAGCGAACCACCCGCUGAGCUGGUCCUAUCCCACAAUGGCAAGACGCUAGCUGCCAGCCACGGACCUCACAGCUCCGCAUCAGGGAUAGGCGGCAUCCAGGUAUCCCGAAAUGCUCUGCGGCUACAGGUGCAGGAUGUGACUGUAGGCGGUGGCAGCGACUAUGUUUGCACAGCCACGAACGCACUCGGUUCCAUCAGUACCACCCAGACGCUCCUGAGGGAGACCGAUGUACACGUGCUGGCUGAGCCAGGUUUGGACGUGCCAGAGGGCACAGCCCUGAACCUAAGCUGCCACCUCCCUGGUGGCUCUAAGCCCAUGGGCAACUCUACCUUCACGUGGUUCUGGAAUCGCCACCCACUACACGCAGCUCCUGGGCCCACACUCUCCUUUCCCCAGGUGGCCCGGGCUCAGGCUGGGCUGUAUCACUGCAGGGCUGAGCUCCGCACUGGCUCCGCCACCUCUGCUCCGGUCAUGCUCCGUGUUCUCUAUCCUCCCACGAUACCCACUCUGACGGUGUUUGUGGAGCCUCAGGGUGGCCUCCGGGGCAUCCUUGACUGUCGAGUGGACAGUGAGCCCCCAGCAAGCCUCACCCUCCACCUGGGCAGUCAACUAGUAGCCUCCAACCAACCCCAGGGUGCUCCUGCCCAGCCGAACCUCCGCAUCUCCUCCUCCCCCAAUGCCCUGAGACUGGACACGGAGGAGCUUGGACCCAGCAAUCAGGGGGAGUACGUGUGCACUGCCUCCAAUGCCCUGGGCUCCGCCUCCGCCUCGGCCUACUUUGGGACUGGAGCCCUGCACCAGCUCCAGCUGUUCCAGCAGCUUCUCUGGGUCUUGGGAGUUCUUGCUGGCUUCCUGUGCCUGCUUCUGGGCCUGGGGGCCUGGCACACCUGGAGAAAGAAGCAUUCUAAUAAGCUGAAUGUGAACGAGAACUCAACAGAGAUGGUCACUCAGAAAGACACUAUCCAGGAUCCUGUUGUGGACUCGGCCCUAGGACUUUUGACGUUGAAGAAGAGCGGCAUUAUCCAGCUAGGCUCUGACUCAGUGUCCUGGGCCAUUCUGAUUUUGAGUUUCCUGAAAGGAGGAGUACUCCUUACAUGCUGCACCAGCUCUUUCAAGACCAAGGGGCAGACAGGGUGUUAGCAGCACCCUUGUCCCUGCUCUGGGCACAUGACAAUGUGUGCACGUCACGCAAAGUGAACAAGUACACAUUCCGUGGGCUCCCGAGCUCCAGUGCCUGUUAACACAAUUGAGCAUCACCAAGAGGGAGCGAAGCGUUCCUGAGAGGUCAGGGAUGGAGGGGAACCGGGUCUACAGUGGCUGGAGACUCCCGCUGUAGCCUGGCAGUAGAUGGUAAAAGGAACAAAGGGCCAGGGGCUGAGAGCCUGAAGAAGUCGGAGGAGCUAGAAGGUCCGGAAUAAAUUGGGAAAGGGAAAACUGUGGAGCCGAGGCUCUGCUCUUGCUUGUUCUAGGCUUACUUUCUUCCUUCUCUUCCCUUCCCUUCUUCUGCCUUCCUUCUGUCCUUUCUUCCUUUUCUUUUCUUCCUUUCUUUUUUCUUUCCUCUCUCCCUCCCUCCCUUUCUUCCUUCCCACCCCAAUUCCCAGACAAGGUCCCAUGUAGCUCAAACUGACUUCAGUCUCAUUAUGUAUCUGAAAAUGGAUGACCUUAAACUUCUGAUCUUCCUCAGGCCCCAUUUUCUUUUGUGCCUGAAUGCCAUACUUUCUCUGGGAUCUUUCCAGCAUAUUCCUCCAAUAAACCUCCAUUCCAGG